UGUUAGCGCACGUGGCUGCAGCAUCAGUCACAGCUGAUGGAUAACGUGAGGAUGGUGGUCCUGGGUGUCCUGCUGGCCUUGGUGUGGCAGCACACGCUGGUUAGCGCUCACGUACUGGGACGGCCCUCGUCAACCAGUGACCUGGCUCAGCUUUGGUCUUUAGUGGAACAGUUUGAGGACACUCUGGCUGACGCAGCCCAGGAGGACAACUUUGACUACGAAGAGUCUGACCACAACCAGGAAUGGAGCAUGAACCAUGAUGCCAAGCAGGAGCCUUUGGAUCCAGAGCGAUCUCAAACACAGGGCCACAGCAGAACUGCGAGUCAGAAGAUCCUGCUGCAGGAUCUGCUGAUGGCUGCAAAAAAGCGAGCUUCUGGCUGCUUUGGAGCCCGAAUGGACCGAAUAGGAAAUACAAGUGGUCUUGGAUGCAACAGCGGAAGAGCAGGGUAGACUGAUGGAAUCCUGGAGCUCAUCUUCUCCAUCUGAUGCACUGAAUCCACGGACCUCAUAGUCCGACUGUGCUUUUGUUUGAAGUGAUAUCUAUGUAACCAUUUCUGUCCAACAUGGUGUGUCAAAGAUUUACUUCCAGAGUUCAUUUUCUUACGUAUUUGCAUGUGAGUUUGCAACAAACCAGAAACAAAAUUCUUCAUACGAGUGAUUAAUUUUUAUGUCUGCUGUUAGCGUUUGAAGACCGUUUUAACUCACAGAUGUUUGGCCUGAGGAACCAUCACCAUGACUGGAAACGUUGCCAACUAUGCAGGAAGCCAUUAACCCAAAACUAACUUUAAAAAGCAAACAAACUGGAAAACAGUUUACAUCUGACCACAGAACAGACCAGGGAGCCCAGUGGUUAAGGAGCACUUCUGCCGAUAUGUAGACCUGGGUUUCAAUCCUGCUUAUGGCACAUUUCUGUGUCCUUGGAGAGGACAUUUAGUUUCCAUUGUCUCAGUCCACCCAGCUGUAAACGGGUACCAGUCUUGGCUGGGAAGGUAAUCUGUGUCCCGUACCAGGGAAGUAAAUAAGAAGCAGCAAAGGAUGGAGUUCCUCUACAGCAGAAAGUCCGAGCCUUUCUUUAGUCUGUGUUUUGGUUUAAUGGCUUCCUCAUUGGUCGGCACUGUUUCAGGUCAGAGUGAUGGCAUUCUGGCUUAAUAAUGAAACAUUUCUGUCUGAUGCCUUCAACUACCACACCUACAUCCUUAGUUUUUGUUUUGUUUUUUCCCCU